GAUGGGAGAAGAAAACUAGCCUGCUAGGUAGUCAGACAGCCACAACAACAGGAUUGGAUCGUCGAAUGUGGUAAUCGGCCUUCCUUUCUUGCAGGAAUAUAGCCACGUUUUUGAAAACACUCGCGUAAGAUAACAAGAUUCUUCUUUCAGAAUGAAUGUUGGAGUAGCACACAGCGAGGUGAACCCCAACACGCGGGUCAUGAACAGUCGGGGAAUCUGGCUGACCUAUGCGCUGGGCGUCGGAAUGUUGCACAUAGUACUCCUGAGUAUUCCUUUCUUCAGUGUACCGGUUGUCUGGACUCUAACAAACGUUAUCCACAAUUUGGGAAUGUACGUUUUCUUGCAUGCUGUGAAAGGCACCCCAUUUGAGACUCCAGAUCAAGGAAAGGCCAGGCUUCUGACACACUGGGAGCAGCUGGACUAUGGUGUACAGUUUACAUCUUCCAGAAAGUUCUUCACCAUUUCACCAAUAAUUCUGUAUUUUCUUGCAAGCUUCUACACAAAGUACGACACGACACACUUUGUCAUCAACACUGCUUCUCUUCUCAGUGUGCUCAUCCCCAAAUUGCCACAGCUUCAUGGAGUUCGAAUCUUUGGCAUCAACAAAUAUUAAAAUGGGAGCAUUGAAGGGAGCAGUCCUGCGUCCAGUGCUCAAAUAAGCUCUUGCUUUAUACAUGGUGAGAUGAAUUGGUAACCUGCUGUACUUUGUACCCAAAUAGUGUGUACUAAGCAGUUUUGUACAUUGUGUAAUUGUCACUUUCAUUGUUUGAAUACAUCUCGAGUAACCAUCUGAGGACAUUGUGAGAAUGCUAUGACUGUGCAUUACUAACUUAAAAUAUUUAAUGUUGAUUUGUUUUUUUGUUUUCAUCAUAGAACUGGGCAGGCCCAGGUCUGGAACUUGAAGCAUUUUCUUGAAUUUUUUUUUUUUUUCCACUUUUCAAUUUAAGGUUUGCCUUCUGUACCCAGAACGGCAUUAAAUACUGAGGAGUUCAUGCAUUGGCAUAAUUUUCAGGAGUGUUUUUAACAAAAGCCACGAAAAUGUCAAAUGUAUUUCUACUGAUCAUUUGUUCAUAAGAAUAAGGGCCUAUGAUUCUAUUUAGUGAUGCAUUUUUCAUUGUUUAAUGGGUGUAAAUUUGCUCAUCAGUGCUGAAAAUGGUGUAGUAAACAAUACUUUGCAUGGUUUCCUUGGUGAACUUAUUUUCAUUGUUAAUCAAAUUACUUACUGCGACUACAUAGUGUAAGCAUUUCGUUAGUGUAUAUAGUUUUGCGUAAGAUGUCUUGAUUCUAAAAUGUAAACAUUAAAUGUUUUUGAUUAAUUGGGCUCAAGUGUCAUCUCUUGCAAGACAGUAUUUAUAUUAUAUAUGUUGGUGUUAUUCGUCAUGUAGCUGUACAUCUGUAGGAGACGUUUGUCAGUUGUAAAUGAACGAAUCCAU